UACAGCAACAAACGACAAUUACUGAAUUGCAGGCUUACAGAUAUGAGAGUAUUCGCAGUUACUGACUGCUAUUUCAAAGCCAAUAACAAUUUAAUAAGAAAACAAAAUCUAGGACUAAAAUAGCAGUUCACAUCCAACAUCCAAUGGAUUUAGUGUAAAGACGUCAUUAACAGUGUAAUGUGCAAUGCCAAGAUACAGGUAUCGAACUUGUCUUAUUUGGAUAUCAAAAUUGUCCACGAUUUCUAAUUUUGUAUUAUCUACCUUGUUUUAAAAGGGUGAGUAAAAAAAUAUGGGUUUUUUUCUAACACGCCAGUGCAUCACAUGAUGAGGAGUAAAGCUAUUAGCCUCCAUAAACAGCCCUGUAAAGAUGUAUUUUUUAAAAUUCAAUUGUUUGGUUAAAUCUUGUGUAUGUAUUGCUAAAUGUAAAAUCUUUGAAAACAUAAUAAGAACAGUUGUUGAUCUGCUUAGUAUUCAUAAUCGGUGUUAAAAAAACAGCUUUUAAGGGCCAAAAUUAUAUGUUAUUGAACAAUCUCCUUUUAACCGAUUUUAAAUUACGUCCGUUGCAAUUGAAAAACAGUUAUAUGUACAAAAAAUGUAAUGGCAAUAUUUAGGUUAUCGAGGAAAAUUAUUUUAAUUUUAGUAUUAAUUCUUCUAUGGUAUCUUCAAAAAAUACUCUGCUCAUCUUAUGAUAUAUAUUCAUUAACAGUUCAUGUCCAAUGUGACCGAAUUAGUAUUAUUGAUGGAUACCCAGGCAAAUUGCAUCGUGUCAUUAAAGGGUACAAUUCGAUGGAUUCUACAUUACAAAGUAAAUUACAUGGUAAACCAAUAGAAGUGAAACCAUUAUCAGACGACGAAGCUGACCGUUUAGGUACAAGAUUACUUGGAGAAACAUUAGUAUAUGGAAUUUCUGCAGGACUUCUGUUAUAUGAAUACAACAGGUCGUCAAGAAAUGAUCAGAUCAAGGAAGAAAAGAGAAAGUUUGAAAUAGCUACACUUCAAAGAAAAAUACAUGAUUAUGGAAUUGUAACAGAACAGCAAGCAACUGAAAUUAAAGAAUUGAGAAGACAAAUGUUUCAAUUAGAGGACAAUAAUACGAGUUUAGCAAGCAAAUUGUUUUCCUUUCUUAAAUCAGGAUAAAAAUAAUGUAAGAAACUGCUUUUAUACUAAACUAAUAUUAAAUGUGCUUACAAAGUUUUUGAGUAUGAGUGUCUAAACAACAUGGAAUCAAUUAUCAACAUCACAUUACUAAAUAGAUUAUGGAAUCUCCACGGGAAUUUAUUAUUUGAAUACAAGAGGCCUCCAAAAUAUGAUAUGAUCAAAGGCAGAAGAGAGAAAUUUCAAAAUAGCACAUCUGCAAAGACAAAUACAUGUACAUGAAUAAGGAAUUAUGACAGAACAGCACGAAAUAGAAAAAAGCUGAAUUAUGAAUGAAAAUGUUGAUUAAGAUGAAGGAAAUCAAGGAUUAGAAAGUAAAAUAUAUAAAUUCAUGAAGGUGUCAGAGGUAUUUAAUAUAGUAAAAUCAGGAUACUAUGCGAUACAAUAAAACCCGUAUAUAUUUUUUGGGCAUCAUUCAUCCUUACAUAUUUUUAUAUGUAUAAAUGUUUAGAUAAAAUGGAAUCAAAUAUCAACUUCACAUAACUUUCAGAAUUGAUACACAUAAAUGUAUCAUUUUUUAAUCAAAGAGAAUAUUUUUGAUGAUAAUCGAUAUGAUAAUGAAUGAAAGUGUAUAUUUUAUAUAAGUAAAUACCAAAUAAUGUUAGAUGUUUAUUGGCAACAACUUUGUCAUGAUAAAACAUUUUUAUAUUCAGGUUAUAUAACAUAUUUAUGUGUGUAUAUAAUAGACUUUAGACACAGAGAAUUUUUUUUUUUAACCCAGGUUUACAACAAUACACAUCAUUAAAAAGCUUUUUUUUUUAAAGAUUUCUAUGGUGAAAUAUUUAUUGAUGUAAAUUAUGCAAGCAAGACCCAGAUAAUUUAUACAGCUUCUCUAAAUAUUUGUUUCGUGCUAUUAUUAUUUGUCAUCAUUUGUGGUUGCAAAUUCUUGCAAGAGAAAUGCAUUUUUAUAUUUAGCUACAGCAAUUGUGUUUGACAAUUUACUGUCACUUUUAAAAAAUGUAAGUAAUGAAAAGUUUUUGUCAGAUAUAAUAGGCCUUUGAUUUAUCGCAUGGGUAACUUUCUUGAAGAGAAAAUUUUAAUUGUAUAUAAUGUGGAAUCUGAAAUUGUAUAAAGUCCUGAUGGCUUCUCUACUUGUUAACGAAGGAAUAUCAGUGUGUUAUCUUCUUGUAUCUUGUAUUGUAAGGGGAAGUAACUCUGGGUAGCACUGAGCUCAUUUUCUUUAUUAUUCUUGUGAAAAUGUUCAUACACAUUCAUUGAUCAUACGUUUUGAUAUGUUUAAAUAAUGUAUGAUAAUAAAAAAUUGAAGCCUGUAGAAAUAUAUAUAAAAUAUAUGUUAAAGUUGAAGAUGCUUUGGAUUUCAAGCUUUUAAAUCUUUCCAAUAACGAGCAGUUUUUUGUACCAGCUGUGUUUUUAUAAUAAGAAAUCUGAAAUGUUGUGUGUGCUUUGUGUAAAACCAGUACAUAUUUCAAUAAAAAAAAAAUGGGAAUAAAUAUAAAUUAUUUUA